AUGUUCCCCAAAACCACGCAGCAUGGCAGAAGCCCAAAUCCCGAGAGCGAGCUGAUCUGUGGAACUCUGUUCCAGGGCAUGCCGCGAGACUCAUUCGUCGUGCAAGGCAAGGUGGCUUUCAAUUCCAGAUAUGACCAAUACCCUCUUGCGAUCCGGCGGGCCCAAUUCCAAAUUCCGGUGUUGUUCCUUUGGUUUGGUGUUUGUGAUGCUGAGCAGGCGGAACUGGAUAUGCAAGCGCUUGGCUGGCGGCUGACGGAGCAGGAAAUGAAGCGGAUUGAGGCUGUCAGUAUUGUGGGGCCGACUUCAACUUCGUUGCAGCAUGGCUAG